CUCAUGUUUAAUCAACGAAAAAAAGGUGGAGAGAAGUUUUGUCAUUUGUGUUACCAGUCCACCGUGCUCGUUCCUGCCGUCCACUCGUACACAGCACAGAAGCACCAUUUGGUUGCCCUCGGGAUUUUUACUCCUUCGACUUGAUCGGAAAACUAACAUUUUCAAUGAUUUCUCAGUUCUUCGUUCUUUCUCAGCGAGGAGAUAACAUCGUAUUCCGUGAUUAUCGUGGAGAUGUUCCCAAAGGAAGUACUGAAAUAUUUUUCCGUAAGGUUAAAUUUUGGAAGGAAGAUGGCGAAGAGGAGGCACCGCCUGUCUUUAAUGUAGACGGAGUCAACUAUUUCCACGUGAAGAUUGUUGGUUUACUGUUUGUGGCGACCACAAGAGCUAACGUAUCACCUUCACUUAUAAUGGAACUCCUUCAACGUAUUGCACGUGUUACAAAGGAUUACCUUGGAAUUCUAAGUGAAGAAUCUUUGAGAAGAAAUUUUGUACUAGUCUAUGAGUUGCUUGAUGAAGUCAUAGAUUUUGGUUAUGUGCAAACAACAUCCACAGAAGUAUUGAAAUCCUAUAUUUUUAAUGAGCCAAUAGUGGUGGAUGCUGCUCGCGUACCUGCACUUGGCCCUGCUUCUCUUUUCAUGCAAGGGACGAAAAGAAUGCCUGGCACUGCUGUGACUAAGUCUGUGGUUGCAAAUGAACCCGGAGGUAGGAAGAGAGAGGAAAUAUUUGUUGAUAUCAUUGAGAAGAUAAGUGUGACCUUCAGUUCCAGUGGGUAUAUUUUAACUUCAGAAAUUGAUGGAACAAUUCAAAUGAAAAGCUAUCUUACUGGUAACCCUGAAAUCAAAUUAGCCUUAAAUGAGGAUGUGACGAUUGGAAGAGGUGGAAGUUCAGGAUAUGGAUAUAGUAGUUCGGGUUCUGGUGCUGUACUACUUGAUGACUGCAAUUUUCACGAAUCUGUACACCUUGAUACCUUUGAUUUAGACAGAACUUUAAGCCUGGUGCCUUCAGAUGGAGAAUUUUCAGUUAUGAAUUAUCGCAUGACACAGGAGUUCAAACCCCCUUUCCGGAUUACAGCUCUGAUUGAAGAAGCUGGAGCCCUCAAGGCUGAAGUACUUAUUAAAAUAUAUGCUGAAUUUUCAUCUAGCUCCACUGCAAACACUAUUCUAGUUCAAAUGCCACUGCCAAGUUAUACUACUAGAGUUAGCUUUGAGUUGGAACCUGGUGCUGUUGGACAGAUGGCUGAUUUCAAGGAAGCUAAUAAGAAACUAGAAUGGAAUCUAAAGAAGAUUGUUGGUGGAACUGAACAUACAUUACGAGCUAAACUGACAUUUUCACAAGAAUCACACGGGAAUCUAACAAAGGAAGCUGGACCUGUUAGCAUGAACUUCACAAUACCGAUGUACAAUGCUUCAAGACUUCAGGUAAAAUAUCUGCAAAUUGCAAAGAAAUCGAAAACCUACAAUCCAUACCGCUGGGUGCGGUAUGUCACCCAGGCCAAUUCCUACGUCGCUCGUAUAUGAACAAUAGGGAGCUUUAAAGCUUGAAUGAACUGUGAAGAAUCCUCCUGUCUGAAGGCUCGUCUGCUUGCGUCCCAUGCCACUGCUGGCUUGCCUUCAGUGUGAGAAAAGAGCUUCGAGUUGCCUAUAUAUCUUUCGUUAGUCACCUCGCCAUGGGAUUUUUCUUUCCCCCCUUUCUUGUUAGACAUUGUACAUUUUGUAUGUGUAGCGUCAAGAACUGAAGUUGUAUGUGUUGCAGUUGCAGAGCUUAUCUUACUUUAUAUUGUAUCCGUUGCAGAGCUUAUUUAGUCAAUAUUCUCAUCUCAAGAUUAAAUCUUUUAAAAUGUCGUAUUUAAGAUACGUUGAUCUUAUUAUUUGAUAGUCAUUGAUAGGAAAAUUUUCAAGUAGAAAUCGUUGAUUUGGAAA